GUCUGCAGAGCUGACUGAGAGGUUCGGAGAGGCUUUGGUGAAAGCACGUCGGGGCUGGUGAAGUUCCCAGCAGCUAAACCAACCUGUGAAGAGGACUCACCACAGGAUGACCAGUGUGAGAGCAAGUGGGUAUGUGGAGCAGCCCUUGGCACUGUGCAGUCUACUUUUCCACCUGCUGAAGACUUCCCCUGCUCAGUGUUACAGUCUACUUUUCCACCUGCUGAAGACUUCCCCAUCUCCAGCCACCAGCAUGGUGAGCCUGGAGCAGAGCUGAAGCAUGUGGCUCCUGGAGCGAGAGUAUGACAUCAAGGUGGAACAGCGCGCCGUGAGGAACGAGCACCUCAGGGACCAGCACAACCGCACGUCCUGCCGAAGCCCCUCCAGGGAGGCCGACGUGCUGUGGUUCAAGCAGGAGCAGCGGCACAAGCGACAGCUGGAGUUCGCCAAGCGGAGGCCCGACACGGGCGUGGACGUGACGAGGUUUAAGGUGGUCACGGUGAGAAGGCCCACUGGCACGAGAUUAGGACCGCUGGCACGGGAGGCGCUGACGUCAACGCGACGUCCGCUGAUAACAAGGGGCAGCAUGGGCAUCCCUAAAGAUGACGUCAAGUCCACUUUACAGACCACCUGUAAUGGCCAGGUGACUUCAACUGUAAAGGGGAGAGAGUUUGCUGUGUCAAAGCAAGCUCACCUGAACAUCAUCUCUACAAUGAGGAUGCAAGUCCACAAAAAGAGAACCAUCUCAAUGAAAAAGGAGAGAGGCAUAGACAAUCAGAAGACACAGCAAUCAGCUGGCAUACGAACAGAGCCUGGCUUGGUUACAGUGAAAGAAGAUGACGUCCUCCUACUGACUGACUACUUACAGGAGGCUUUGCAGAGAGAGGAGGCAUUGAGGAUGAAGCUGACCACCCUCCAGCGCAGCACAGGAACCCUGCUCCGCUCCACAGAGUACCUGUGGAAGACUCGCUGUGGUGAGGAUCUGCUCAAGAGCCAGAUCAAAGCCCUGGAGUCACAACUGCAGGUCUGCAUGAAGGGGCUUCCGCAGGAUGGAGUGAAGAGGCUGCUGGUGGACAUGGAGAAGGAGAAGGGGGUGCAGGAGGAGAAGGCCUUGCAGGCCCUCCAGAAGAGCACAGAGGACAUGUCCGAGGCCGAGGCCAAGAUACAGAACCUCAAGGAGUCGCUGCAGGCAGCCAGGGCUGAGUCGAGCCAGUGGAAGAGCCUGUGCGAGGAGCUGCGCGGGAGCUCCACACAGCUGAUGAAAGGCCUGGAUGUCUGCACCGAGCAGCUGCAGCAGCUGCACACUCAGCUGGAGAUCUCCCAGGGUCGAGAGAGCGAGUUGGGCCAGCAGCUGGAGAGCGUGCAGCAGGUGGACGAGGAGCUGCGCUCCCGCCUCGCUCAGCUCGAGGAGGACAAGCGAGCCGUGAGCGCGCAGCUACAGGAAGCCAAAGAUAUGCUCUCUAGAAGAGGCCCUGAGGUAUUCAAGACCACCAGGGCCUUCCUCGCGUCCGAAGGCGAGCCAGCUGCACAGAUUUCCAGGGACGGUGACCACAUCGCUGGCCAGUUACGGGUGACAGAGGAGAAGCUCAAGAUGAAGGAGAGAGAGUGCAUGGAGCUCCAAGCCCAGCUGGAGGCUCUUGAGCUGGAGUGUCGGACCUAUCAGUCCAGUGUGACGCAGUGCCGAGAGGAGCUCAGGCAGCUGAGGAACCAACGCAACAGCAAGAGUGCCUGUGGAUCCUGGCUGGUUCUCCUCCUGGUCCUGCUUGUGUUAGGAGUAGCCCUGCUAGUGGGCCUGUGUAUGGGCCACCCCCUCUUCGCUGACUACCUCCAGGACAUCUACUCGUGUCUUGAGCAACAUGUAGAGGACUAUCUGUUGACUCUGGCCUCUCCACAGAACUCGGCCUGCUUCAGGCCUAUUUGACAAAGAGCCCACAGACUCUACAGCUGACGAUGACAAGGAGGAGAAGAAGAAUAUGGGACUUUGAUUAUUGAUUGUUUAGUUUCUGGUAAAGCAUUAGUGUUGCCCCCAAGCCUGCAGUUUAGUCUUCAUUUUGUUGGAUUGUAUGAGGGUGUGGACUUUGUUAUUGGGAGAUGCACAAGACAUGCGCAAUUAUGAAUACAAUCUAUAAUAAUAGUCAUUAUUAUAUUUUAGAAAUGUAUUCAGAACACGUAUACAGUCAUGUGCAGUAGUUACAUAUCAACAUUGUUGUUAGACUGACAGAGUUUGUAUUAUUUAUAUGUGUUUGCCAUUGUGUGUGAAUAUAAUGGGGAUCACUGGCCUUUUUCACUAAGUGCAAUCAGCUAGAGUGCUCACAGAAAAACUGAACACUCCAGUAGUGUCUCUGUCAUCUGUUUACUAUUGACACUCACAUAAGAUGUGUACAGUGUUUAAAAAUAUUUCAUUGUGUGAACACACUCGGACAUAAGCAGGGUGCAUAAUUUAUAUGCUUUGUUAGUAAAUAAACAGAUAUGUGCCUUUGCAUUAUUGGAA